GCGAGCACCUUUUCUUGACACCGGCGCUGUCUCGUGAGUCGCUCGACCGCCGUCCACCGCCUCGCCGCCGAUGCAUCCCACAAACAGACCGCAAACAGACCACGCAGCCCCUGUCCCGCUCCUUGCUUCCCAACCACCGCCAUCGUUGCACGCUGACGUCGAUGGCGACGUGCGGUUCGACAGCUACGCGCCCCGCCCCGUCAACUACCUCGAGGAGGCCAUCAACAUUGUCCCCCGCCAUGCCCCUCCCUCGCAGUCGUCGCACCGAGCGAUUCACCAUGACGCCCUGCCUCCUGCCCACCCCACGCCUCACCCUGACGAUGCCAUCCCCCGUAUCAGCGGUAGCAAGGGCAAUCGCGAUCCGGACGGCGAGUCCACCGAUGACGCUUCCCCGUCGCACAAGCGCGCACGUCGUGAGAAGGGCACGCUCCCACUGGAUGCCAACCAGCCGCUGACGACCCGUGGCAAACCCCGUGCCCGCGUGUACGUCGCCUGUCUGCAGUGGUACGUCCCCCACAUGCCCCAGCGCCUUCCCACUACCCGCCCUUCCAGCCGCAACCGGAAAAUUCGCUGCGACGGCGCUCGGCCUGCGUGUCACAAUUGCACAGUGAAAGGAAAUCCGGAGUGCAAUUAUGAUGCGCUGCCACGGCGGCGGGGGCCUGACAAGGUUCCUGGUGCGCGCCAGCGUCCGUCUGCCGCGAGCGGGCGUUCGACGUCGCGGCGGCGCACGUCAGCUACCGCAGAGUCGUACACCGUGCCUUCGCAGUCGACGAGCCGCCGCAACAGCGUCGAUGAGUUGGACCUCCAACCGCAAGCGAGCUACCCGCAGCAGCCACGCGAGGAGCACCUUUACUUUGAGGAGUACGACAUCCAGCCCUAUCGACAGCAGACGCCAUACUACCAGGCCUAUGGCGACGUGUCACCUGAGGUGGCAGGUCUAGCCCCCCGCUCAUACGGCGAGCCCAGCACCUCGUACGAAUAUCCCUAUCACUACGCCAAUCAAGGCGCCUACGACUAUCGCGAUGACUAUGCCCCACGUCCCUCCACCACAUUUCUCUCGCAGCCCUCCAUGCAGUUCUCCCGCUCCACGUGGUGGGACAACCUCCUUUCCCUGUACUCCGCGCCCGCCGCCAAUUACAUGCCGCACAUCAGCGCCUCCCAGCGCGAGUGGGCCGCCCAGCAGAUUACCUCUGACCUCCGCUUCAUGUUCCGCGUCUCCAAUUACUGGUUCUCCUUUUUCCACGUUCCCACCUUCUUUGGCACCUUCCACAAUGCCUACCGACGCGACAACAUGCAGCCCGGACUCGUCUAUGGCGCGCUCGCGAUCUCCAUAUUUUUCCGCAGCUCGCAGUUGGAGGGAAAGGAGAUGGGACGGGAGCGCGCGCUUCGAUUUAGAGACAUGGCUCAGGGAUACAUCGACGCCGCGUAUAAUGCGCAGUCCAUCGACUUGGAGUUAGCGCAGGCGGCUUGGCUGGCGGCGCUCUUUGAGGUCUGUGCGCAUCCUCUGCACUCCACGCCCCGGUGCGCGGCCGCUCUCCGCAUACUGGACGCCAUAAUCCAGAGCCUGCAAUUCACUUCGAUCGACUUCGAGGACCCGCGCACGUCGAUGUUCAAUCAGAGCAGUGUCCCCAUAGCCCGCGCGCGCGUUGAGCACGCUCCGGGCACCGAUCUUGCCCGCACACACGCCCACACCCAAGGCCCCUGCGAGUGCCUGUCCUUCACGCUCAAGCACAACCGCCGCCCGGAGGAGUACGUGCCGCCGACGUGGGAGAUGACGCCGGCGUGGGACCCGAAGUGGACGGAGGCGGAGAUCGAGAAGGAGUCGUCGAGGCGGCUGCUGUGGAGCUCGCUCUACUUGUUCUCGGGGCACCAUACGUAUAACUUGUCGUAUGGGCGGGCGCCGGUGGCGUUGCAUAUUUCUGCGCCGUCGAAUUACGCCGUCUUCUUCACAGGCGAGUCCUCCAUCUACUCUAUGCGCCCCUCCUCCGCCCCACUUGCCAAGGAGACCGUCUGGGCCCUCUUCGAGCGCAGCUUUUUGCUGUGGAACGCGACGAUUCUCAUGGUUAUGCGCACGCGGUCGCCGCUCACCCGGAUGUCGGACGUGGAGAAGGCGCAUUUUGCGAUUAGUGUGAAUCAGGAGGCUGAUGCGAUUGAGGCGGCGUUGAGGGGACAUGCGUGCGAGAUAGAGCGGGCGUUUUUGUUUCAUAGUCGGGAUUAUCUGUUUAGUGCCAGGAUGUGCGUGGGGUAUGAGUACAGGAGGGUGUUGCCGGCGACAUCGGUAUUCUACGGAACGGAGGAUAUGCUGAAGAAGAUGAGCUACCGGAUAGCCAUUGGUCGCCAGGUCAUGCAGGGGUUGCACACCGUCACCGGGAAUGCGACGAAUACGCUUAAUCGGCGUCCGUUCUUCGUCUUUUGGUUUAUGGCGCAGAUUAAGUCAGCCAUCCGGCUGUACAAGAGCACGGACCUGCCCAUGGCAUUGGAGUUGUGCAAGGCGCUCAUGCCUUGUGUGGACUACUUGUCGACGCUGUUCCCAUGUCCGGAGCAGAGGGUUCGGUACGCGGCGCUGGUGCAGGAGGUCAAUGAGGCCUGCUUGGAGCACGGGCAACCGUUGUACGAGCAGUUGGACUUCACGUCGGUGAUGUCGAACCCGAAUCAGAACUCGGCGCGAUUGACGACGUAUGAGGAUUAAUGAGGGAGGUGGUGAGUCUGAUGAAUGGCUCGUAAAGGUUUUGGACCAGGACAGUACAUAUAAUAUCGUGCACGCUGGGCGACGACGAUGGACAGGUCAUAGACCAUGAUGUUGGAUAGGCAAUCGACGAUGGACACCUUUGAUAUUGUAGGGCCCCCGGUAGAAAGAGCAUCGGUGUAGCAGUAAUAUAUACGUAUUGUAUGUGCAGUAGUUGCCUUGUUUUGUU